UUCAAUUUUUUUUUGUCCUUUGCUCUUGUCACAACCAUGGUUAGAGGUAAGGUUAAACUUGCCUUCAUUGUCAAUGAUGCUGCUAGGAAAGCAGCAUAUAAGAAAAGGAAGAAGAGUCUAUUCAAAAAGGUUGUUGAACUUAGCACCCUCUGUGGUAUUGAGGCUUGUGCCAUAUUGUAUGGCCCUUAUGAGCCUCAUCCUGAGAUUUGGCCAUCACCAGAAGGGGUCCAAUCUGUGCUCUCAAAAUUCAUGGAACUGCACGAGUUUCAAAAGUGCAAGAAAAUGAUGAACCAAGAGACUUUCUUGGCACAAAGGGUUCUGAAGGCUGAAGAGAAAUUGAUGAAACAAAGAAAAGAUAACAGGGAGCAAGAGAUGACAUUACUCAUGACUCAAUGUCUUAGUGAAGGUAGAGUUGUGCAAGACAAUAUGUCAACAAUGGAUAUGAGUUAUCUUGCUUGGUUGAUUGACCACAAUUUGAAGGAUGUUGCUAGACGUUUGGAAGCAUGUGAUAUCAAUGAUCAAAAUCAAAUCAUGGCUAUUCAAAACCAAGUCCAACUCGAAAUGGCGGCAACAGUGCCACCACCACCUCUAGCACCAUCUAGGAGUGAAGAAAUGGCAAUUAUGGGUCAUGGCCAUGUAAUGAUGAUGGACUCAAUGGUGGCUGGUAAUCUGCAAGGGACAGUGCCAUUUGGUGAGGUCAAUUCUGGAGUUUGGCCUCAUUUAUUACCUUGAAGGAUCUUUUCUCAAUUUAGUCCCAAUUUUUUAUUUUAUGGUGAUUUAGUUUUUUAAUUAUUUCUUAUGUGUGUGAAGAUACAAUCGUAAUUCAUUACGUUGUAAUCUUGAUUUAGUCCCAAUUCUGGUGCGUAUUUGAAUA